AAGAGGGUUGGGACAGCAGCAGGCGGAGGAGAUAGGGGGUGAGAGGCGCGCGCGGCGGCGCCGGGUGGACGCUCCGGGAGGGAUCGGUCUGGUACUGCAGAGCUCCGGCGCCUCGCUGCUGUGCGCCUGCCGCUCCCCCUCUCAGCCCCCGGGGGCUGCUGCAGAGGCUGGUUCCAGCUCCCGCCGCUGAUGCCAUGCUAAGCCAAGAGAUCUCCGCAUCCUACCAGGAGCUGAGUGAGGAAGUGGAGCACGUAGCUGAGCAUCUAGAGCCAGUGGAGGAAGGGGAAAUGGACGAUGAUCAGGAGGAUACCAGCUCUGCUAUUUUACCAGUCCUAGAUAGUGAAUCAGGGACCAGUAGCCCUUCUGUGCGUUUCAGCAAGACCUGCCUAAAGAAUGUCUUUUCCGUAAUUCUCCUCUUCAUUUAUCUGCUGCUCAUGGCUGUAGCUGUGUUCCUUGUCUACCAAACUAUCACCGACUUCAGGGAAAAGCUCAAACACCCGGUGAUGUCUGUCUCUUACAAGGAGGUGCCCUUGUAUGAUGCACCUGGUAUUGCACUUUACCCAGGCAAGGCUCAGCUGCUUAGCUGCAAGCAUCAUUACUAUGAUCACAUUCCGCCUCUGAUAAACCCAGGUCAGCCAGGAGAAAUUGAGUGCACCACUCAGAGAAUCAACUACACAGAUCCUUUUACUAAUCAAACCAUGAAACAUGCUUUGAUUGUCCAAGGACCUCGAGAUGUGAAGAAAAGGGAACUGGUGUUUUUGCAGUUCCAUUUAAAUGAAACAGACCAGGAUUUCAGUGCAAUAAACUAUCUUCUGUUCUCUUCUUUCCAGGACUUCCUCAACAGUCCAGAUAAAACAGAAUUCAUGAAAGACUGCGAAAGCUCAUACUCCAGCUGGAAGUUCUCUGGUGGUUUUCGAACCUGGGUCAAAAUGUCCUUGGUGAAAACCAAAGAAGAAGAUGGGCGUGAGACUGUGGAGUUCAAACAGGAGACUAGUGUGGUUAACUACAUUGACCAGAGGCAUAAGCCGGCAAGUGAUCAAUUGUUUUUUGUGGUAUUUGAAUGGAAAGAUCCUUUUAUACAAAAAGUUCAAGAUAUUGUCACUGCCAAUCCUUGGAACAUGAUUGCUCUACUCUGUGGUAUUUUCUUGGCUCUGUUUAAAGCAGCAGACUUUGCCAAACUAAGUGUUAAGUGGAUGAUCAAAAUCCGCAAGAGGCACCUGAAGAGAAGUCAAGCAAUGAACCACAUAAGCUGAGGACUAAACCACCUUUAGAACAUUUUUAGUACACUGGAUAAAAUUUCAACCAACAAUGCAGCAGUUACAUAAACUAACCAGAGUUGUGUGUUUAAGGAGAACUACUUACCUUUGCUGAAGUGACAGCAUAAAUGAACUGACACGAACCUUAAGAGGCUAACUCUGAAGAACAAGCCUACUAAACAUGUCUUUUUAAAAAUGUAAGUUAUGAACUUCUUUACCAAGCUUGUGUCAAUUUAUUGGGGGUGGAAUGGAAUUCAUAAAGUAACAUUCAAAAGGUCAUCUUAAAACAGAAUACAGACAUGUUUGUAUUUAGUUUGGGUCUAGACAGUAGUUUAAGCUUUUCUCCAUGAGCUAAAUGGACUGCCCCUGCUACCAUAAGAGUGCCCCGAAUCAGUAAAAUGACUUGUCAUCCUCCGUCUGAUCUUCCCAGGCAUAGUUAUUAUCUGUGACCAGAAAGGAGCAAAGCACUUACAAGAUCAAUGUAAAAAUGGGUCAAAAGGUUUAAUUUCCUAAAUCUCCAACCUAUUACAUAGAACAUAGAUUACCUCGGAUUUUUAUCAAACAUUUCCCAUUUGGUUAAGAUGCACUGACUGUGUAUUAAAGCUACUUUAAAAGCAAGUUAUGUGUAAGCCCUGUGGAAUAUGUCAUGGAUCACUGCCAGUUACUUCUUCUUAAACAAAGCCUCUUGCCUUAAUACUUCAUCAGUAGAAUGAUUCUUCCAUAAACCAGAUUCACAAAUACUUAUGUACAACUUCUGUUGAAGUCAAUGAGAGCAGAAUUUGACCAUUCUAGUAGCUAACACACAAGCAAGGCUGUGGAGUUCUGUCCCAAGGAAGGUUGGGGACAACACAAGGUUUGUAGAACUCAAGCUGGUGAGUUUCUGAAACUCAAUUACACGGAACCUAAUUGCUGGGAAUGAUGAUUUAGGAAUGAAAAAAGGAAAUAGAGCCUAUAAUGGCCUAGGACAGUAUAAUACUUAGAACUCUCAGUAAAUGGACUUUAUGUUGAGAGGUAUAAUAUUUUCUAUUGUACCUAGAGCUUUAAAAAAAAAAAUCACAAUUUAUACUGCUUAAGUCUAACCUGACCUCAUAGAUACACUUUAUUUUUAUCCAUAAAACCCAAUCCCAAUUUCUCUGUCUCCUAGAACCCAUACUGAGUCCUUACCUUUGGAAUUCAUUUUUGAGGGGAUAUAAAAAUUUUCAUAAAACCAAAACAUAUUCUUCCUGACUCUGUAUAUUUUUGGAGUCAGAUAUAUCAAAUGCUGGUUGUUUAGAAUGAUCAAAUGCUGAAAAGGUACAAAGCUUUUCUUGCUAAGACUUAGGACUGAAUUCAGCUCCCACUUGUGCCCCAUGCAAUUCCAUUACUCUAAUGUUCCAGGAGGCAGAACAAACGGAGUCUUACCCAAAUGGGCAAAACCAAGCCAAUUCCCUGUGACUAACAGUUCUGGGGUACCUUCUAAGCAGCAAGAACAGAUUUGCAAUUGUAACAAUACUUUUCCUCUAACUAGAAGGGAGGAAGGAGAUCGUCAAUAGAGCCUUGCAAAUCUGCAGAUAUCCACGGACCA